CGUCGCCGAGACAACACGUACAAGGCGGCACUCAGGCUGCUGCUCCAUCCGACCGACCCAACCCGACCCGAUCUCUUGCCCUGACUAUCACGAACUUUUAUUGUAGCCUUCAUUCUUCUUCCCCCUCUUCAUCUCACUCAUUCUCCUGCUACAAACAACGUGUCGUUUGAUCCACCAUUAAGAUUACUUCGUCCAGUGGAAAAUUACUAGUGGAAAUGAAGCUGGUUCUUCUGCUUGCGGUGGUGGCGGUGGCGGUUGAGGCCGCUCCUCAAAUGACCAUCGGGCAAUCGGUGAUGGAGUCCAUCAGAGCCGCACGAGCCGCCGCGGCGGCCCAAGCCAACGAAGUGGCCGCUGAAGAAAGAGCCGCGACUGAAGUCGAGAACAAAGCGGAAGCUGAAGUCGAGAGCAAAACGGAAGCUGAAGUCGAGAACAAAGCGGAAACUGAAGUGGAUACCAAAGCGGAAGCUGAAGUCGGUACUAAAACAGGAGCGGAAGUCGAUACAAAAGCGGAAGCUGAAGUCGAUACCAAAACAAAUGCUGAAAUCGAGAUCCGAGCAGAAGCUGAAGCCGACACCGAAGCAGGAGCUGAAAUCGAAAAUAAAACGGGAGUUGAAUCGGAAACUGAAGUGAAAGCUGAAGUCGAGGCUGCCGACGCCCCGGGUCCUGCAAUUGGCGAAAGAGCCGUGCCGGUCUUGGUAUCAGCAAACGAAGUCGAACAGCCUCUGGAAAUUCCAGCAUUGGACAAUAAGCCGCCAACACAAGAAGCUGAGGCGGCUUCUGAAGUUGAUGGCGAUGCUUCAACACCGAACGCCAUAAACAACUCGGAACUAAUCAUUGAGGUUGAAGAUGCAAGCCAUCCUGCAGAACCGGAGUCUAAAUCAGCAUCAGUGGAACCUGUUUCAGUUGCUGAAGAGGUAUCGAAAGGUCCAGAAGAGGCGCCCGAAGAAGCCGCGGCUCUCAAUGAUGAAUCUCAGCCCGAGGUCUCUAGCCCCACCGCUGUGGCAGAGUUGUCUCCUUCACAGGAACUUGAGACGUCAGCUGCAGUGUCUGCUAUUCAAGUAACUCAAUCCAUUGCAGGAGAUACUGCAGCCAAAGCUGCUCCAACAGUUUUUGCACAAGCAGCUGCCACAGCUGUAUCUGCCGCCACUGCCACUCCAGAUCCUCUAGCAGCCGAUGCUACGCCGGUAGCAGCAGCCCGAUCACUUGACUCGGCCCCGGCCGCAGCAGUAGUGCCAAUUGUUGCUCAAAUCUUGUUGGAUGAGCGAGAUCCAAUUGUUGGAAACGCUUUCGGAUUCAGGUAUCGCUCCAGUGAUGGACAGUUCAGGUCGGAAAAAUCUUCUCUCAAGCCACUGCCUGCCGGCCUCGUGGCGCAGGCUAACGCGCUGCCGGAGUACGAGACCGUCGGAGAGUACUCAUUUUUCCACCCCGAUGGCACGGAGCACCGCCUCUCGUACACGUCUGGAGUGAACGGGUUCGUGGCGGUUGGCAACAUGCUGCCCACACCGCCCCCCAUGCCGGAGUGGGCCGUAGAACAGAUUCGAUUUGCGAACGAACAAAAACGACUGCAAGCCGAAGCUAGGGCAGCCGUGGUGCCUUCAGAAACCGAUGCCACUUCAGCAUCAGCACCCGCUUCAGACACAGAGGCCACUUCAACUUCAGAAUCAGGGCCUGCUUCAGACACAGAAGCCGCUCCUACUUCAGCUUCAGAAACGGCUCCAAGUUCCGCUCCUGAAUCCUCAUCCAGUACAGACUCUCAAACUGAUGUCAGCUCAGCCUCAGCAGAUGAGACGGCCGCGUCCUUAUAAAUUGUGCCUGCAAACACCACGAAGGCUACCAGCCUCGAACUUUCCAUGUUGCUCGGAAAUUUUUGGGUGGCCAUCUACGCGAGAGGAAACGAUAACACGAGCGAACGAUAUAUCGAUCGAGAGUAUAAUUAUAGAAGUUAUUCUCAUUUUAAACCGACAUUUAGAUUUCAUUAUUUGUACAGUACGCAUUCGAUGCUGAAACUUCUGUUUUGUAUCGGCUGAUAAUUGAUUGAAUGCUGUUACGUUCUGCCAUAUUUUUCUUAUGAUAUCAGUGUUCGAAUUUGUGUCAGAAAAAACUAUUGAAAAUGUA